AUGGCCUCGCCAAUGAUUGGGCGGCAGGGAUGGGCCGCGCCGCGUCACCUCCGUGUGGAGUUUCUAGAUCGGCCCCUAAGGAGGACUCAAAGAAAACGUCGUGGAGGAGCCAUCAAUUCUAGGCAAACUCGAAAACGAAACAGACUGGUAGCUUCAGCUACAGAAAUGGCUUCAGAAGCAGAGCCAAUAGAACUUGAAGAAAGUGCUGGUGAAGAAGUAGUAGAUCUCACAUGUGAAUCUUCUGAACCUGUAGUAGUUGAUCUAACUCACAAUGAUUCUGUUGUGAUUGUUGAAGAGAAUCAACGUCAACGGAGAAAUCUUGGGUUAAGAAGCCAACGGCAAUCUGACAGCUGUGUAUUAAGUAGUGAUGAUGAAGAUGAAUCAAGAGAUAAUGAUGUAUACGUAACAAACAAGGUGUCUGGAGAUUUAGAAACACUGGAGGAUGAAACUGCAAGUUCAAGGCCUUCAGGUACCGUUAGUUGUCCAAUUUGCAUGGAUGGAUAUUCAGAGAUUGUACAAAGUGGACGACUUAUCGUGUCAACCAAAUGUGGCCAUGUCUUCUGUAGUCAGUGCCUCCGUGACUCCCUUAGAAAUGCUAACUCUUGCCCAACUUGUAGGAAAAAACUCAAUCACAAACAGUACCAUCCAAUUUAUAUAUAAGCACUUGAAUUCUUCUCAGGACAGCCUCAACUGGAUCUUGAUGAAAAUGUCAUGCAUUUGUGAUGCCUUGAAGAUUAAAGGAGCAACAGGUUGUAUGCCCACCCAAUUGUAGUAAAAUGGAUUUUUGGAGAAUUAACUUGUACAUAUCUAAACCGCUUUUUUAUGGUCCAGUCAUACCGUCAAAAGUAGCUUCUUUUGUCACUUGUUCGUGUUAAAAGUUCUUGAAGGUCUGCAAACACAGGUCGGUAUGUGUCACCAAUGAAGCAGCUGAUGUUCUGUUUCCCUCUACUUCUUUUGAAGUGCUUGAACAUGAGUUCUGGAUUUUUUUUUUAAUAUUUCUUAAAUGCUUGUAAUUACUCGUGCUCCCUCCCCCCCCCCAGAUAAAUAAGUUACAUUGCCUACAGUAUGAAUAAAUGCUUUCAUUUUAAUGUUAUCAUGAUGUGGGUGGCAGGCAGCAAAUUACUGGAGAGCACUCUGCUGCUGAAGCAUGUAGUUUUACCUGCAGUGCAGUUUGUCCAAAUUGAAUGAGUUGUGUGACAGCCAACAACUUAAUGUAAUAAAUAUUAAAUUGUAUAUCAGGGUAAUGCAUUGAACUAAUGUGCUGUUAGCCAGCCACUAACCUUUCUUUAACUGGAAGUCUUGCAGACCUAUACUUACGGGCUCUAUGAGGUCUAGAGUAGAUCGCCAAAUUACAACUUUUACAUUAUGAAAGUAUUUAAUUUCCAGUCUAUCUUAACGGCCCAAGAAUUACUUGAUUUGAAUCACAGUAUUGAAGUGUUUCCUAAUCUGUGGUGAGAUGACUUCUUGCUUUAAUACUGUUCAGUGCUUUCCUACCAUCAUAGCUGAGCAGUAAAUAAAUGCUUUUCUCUGAGCAUGCUAUUUAUAGAAAGGUUUUCCUUAUUCUCAACUGAACACCAGACGAGACAAAUCUUGGUCCUCUCUAAAGUAUACCUAGUGUAAUGUUUAAAGUUCAGUACAUUCACUUUGCUUUGUAUUCUGCUUCUAUACUGACAGGUUUUAGACCUAUACAAUGCUAACAGUACACUGAUAUGUUUAAUCUUAAAUAUAUGUAAUUUAGGCUUCAAUCACUGGCUUGGUAUUAAUGAUAUGGGGGUAGGAAUGCUGAAAGAGUGCAGUCUAAUUGGUCACUCAUUGUCCUGAGGAUUAUAAUGUGCAAUAAAGCUUGUAUAGCUCUUUUAAAAUAAAUAAAUGUUUUUGGUCAGGUGCAUGUUGUGUCAAAAAGCUGCAUCUGACUCUGCACCGUUAGCCAGUUUACCAUUUUCAGGACUGACUGCUGAGUGCUAUACAAUAGAAUUUUUAUUUCAGCACAAAAUUACGAGGAGAUAUGGUGCCUGGGUGAAUUGAUGAUGCAUUUAACUGUAAUACUUCUAUAUGUGGGCAAGAUGUUAACAUCAGUUUUCUUUGAUCUCUGUACAUACCUGACACUUGGGCCAAUGUUUUGUUCCACGAUACAAUACAAUAUUAUAACAAUAUUUAUCAAGGAAUCUUUAAGACUGGAGGUUAGUCUGUGAAACAUGAACAAAAAUAAACUGCCAGCUACUUCGAAGACUGUUCAGAAUAAAUUUUUCAGAUUUUUCUUUUUACCCCUCUCCCCAAGACUUCCGAAAACAGAAUUUCAAGAGGUAUGUAAUUAUUAUCUUACUACUCCAUCAGUGGGAGAAUGGAUUGUUUUAAAUUAAAGAAGCUGCUCUAAUUAGCCAUUUAAACUUUGAAGAGGUGUCUAUCCAAGACCACACAAUGUUUUGUAGAAUCUUCAGCGUGCAGAAUAUGGUCUUUAUGUAGCAGUAUGGUGACUUACCCUGGAGAAUUGUAAUACUUGCACUACUCUCAUCCUUAUAUAAUCAGAGUUUGUGUUACAUGGAAAAGCCUGCUGUACCGCAACCUAUGCACCCUGGCAAUACUCUCUACAUAUUAAAAGGAUAUAAUCGCCAGUAAUUGCUCUCUUGCACUGAAUUAUUUAAACUUAGUGCUGAAUGAAGACUUUCCUAAAAUAUUUUCAUGAUCGUGCAAUUAAUUUCUGUAUCUUUUGUUUAUAGAAAAACCUGUGGGGUGUUUUUUGUUUUGUUUUUUUUUGUUGCAUGUCUUGGAAGACAAACUGAGCAAAAACUUUAUUCUCUUAAAAUUGUUCAGAAGCAUCUGUCACAUGCAGAAAAAGCAGCCCACCAUGACGCUGUCUAGUAAUUCAGGGCCACAUACACUUGACUAUUAAAACCUCCCAAUAGUUUCUAAAUUAAGGUAAAUGGCUCUCAUAUCUGAGCCAUCAUACUUAAAUUACUGUGUACAGGGAAGGCAAUAAGAGCAUAUAAAUGUAAGGGAUUAAGUCUGGGGUUGUGGUUGAGUAGCAUGUCCCUACAUCUCUAAUUUGAGUACUAGCCUUAGUUUGAAUUGUGUUUUUGCACAGUUUCCACCAUGUAAAUAUCUCUUUAUAGCUUGCAUAUCAAUAUAUAAACCUACUUGGACUUUAGAUACAACAAACUGUAGAAUAUUCAACAACAAAAGUUUUUUUUUUAACUUUUGUGAUCCCUAUCAAGUGCCACACUUUGUGUACUUGAAAACAAAUUUUAAAUUUUCAAUAUCAAAAUGGCAAAUGUUAAAGUUGCAUUAUAAUUUUAAAAAACUUGAAAUAGCUAUAUUUUAAUUUCCAGUAAAGGCAGUGCUCAGUGUAGCUCAUGACAUUUGCAAGAACUGAUGGAUAAUAUAAAGAUUUUUUUGAUUAUGUAAAUGUAUGUUUUUCACUUGUCAUUGUCUAUAGUUCAAAUUUUCCUGUAUUUAUUUGUUUAUCUGUCUGUAUGUCAGAUCUACUUUAGACUCUACUGGUAGGCAAAUAAUUCUUUAACAGAUGGAAAUAAAACUAUUAAUUUGA